AUGAGAAGCCUCACGGCACCAGCUUGGAGAUUCCCCUUGAGGAGCAGCAGACCAAUGUUCCGGGCUCAAGGAUGGCGGCGGCGGUCCCCCUCAGCCGCCGGCACACGCUGAAUCUCGAGGACUACUUCGCUGGCCCCCGUAACAUGGACAAGCACUCCAAGUGGCCUCUGUUUAUGCAGAUGCACGGCAGCAUCUUGCCCAAGAUGAUUGUGCCCCUGAUCUGGAUGUCCGCAUGGAGUGCUUGCAUCACCUGCAUCUACGAAAUAGCAAAGAAGAACAUCGCCGUCAACUCCAUCCUCUUGACGGUUCUCGGUUUCGUCGUCUCCACCGGUCUCAGCUUCCGUGGUUCCACAGCAUACGAGCGUUACGCUGAAGGUCGACGUUUCUUCGCCUCCCUGGUUACUUCAUCGCAGGCCCUUGGACGAAUCUUCUGGAUCCACGCCAAGACAAUCCCUAAUGUGGACGUCCGCAAGCAGAUUCUCUACAAGAUCAGCGCCAUGAACCUGGUUGUUGCUUAUGCUAUUGCCCUCAAGCACAGCUUGCGCUUUGAGCCCUACACCGCAUACCAGGAUAUCGACCACCUGGUCGGCCAUCUCGACACGUUUGCCAAGUCUGCCACCACCACCAUGCCUGUCAAUGGCGGCGUUGGAAAGAAGAACUUUUUCAAGUCCAUUGGAGACUACCUCGGCCUCUCGUUCGCUGCUAGCAACCCUCGAAAGCAGCUCAAGAAGGCAGAGAAGCCCCUGGGAAACCUGCCACUCGAAAUCCUCAACCACCUUGCUGUUACCAUUGACGACAUGAUUAGCCGAGGCCAGCUCCCUGUCCCUAUGAUGCAAACUCUUGCUUACAACAACCUUGCCGCCCUCAAUGACGCAUACACCGGCUGCCAGCGUGUCUUGAACACGCCUCUCCCCAUCGCUUACGGAAUUCUCUUCCAGCAGAUCACAUGGCUCUACGUCGUCUUACUCCCCUUCCAGAUGGUCGCCGUGCUCCACUGGAUCACCAUUCCCGCCACCACCGUUGCGUCUUACAUCAUCCUCGGCCUCCUCUUCAUUGGCCAAGAGAUUGAGAAUCCCUUUGGCCACGACGUCAACGAUCUUCCCCUCGACAGCUUCUGCGAGCAGAUUGCCCUUGACAUGGACAUUAUCGCUUCGCACGAUGCUUACAAGCCCGAGGACUUCUUCUUCAGCUCUGAGAACGUUCCCCUGUGGCCUGUCAGCGCUGCCGCUGCCGACACCUGGCUGGAGAGAAGCGAGUCUAAGCUGAAGGAGGCCAUCAGGACCAAGCCCAGCAAGACGUUUGAGUGGAGGCGCUGGAGGGGAGACAAGCUGGGUGACGAGGAGUCUGCCAAGAAUGAUUAAGAAGAAGGCAUAUACAGUGAUGUUGUGACAACGACGUGUCCGCUUUAUGGUGUAUGCAGAUGAAGACGAAGACGUGGACAAGAAUAGGGGUGGCUCAAAUUGUUUUUGAUCUUGAGGAAGGAUGUUUGUGUUUCGCUCCGUUGCGUUGUAACACUCGCCUGACAAGAAAGAACAAAAAGAAAAAAAAAAAAAAAGACUGGCUUUGGGAUUUUUAUUUUCUAUUUCAUUUUGAUGUUCAGGCAUUUACAUACAGGUCUUUUAAAAGGAAAAUAUCACGGUAGCACGGCGUAUCACGCACUUUACGUUCAGGCCCGACGGUGGUAUUAGAGAGGGAGAACGGGAUUUUCUUACUCUCUCGCCGCUUACGGAGGUCAUAAUCGGUUUUCAUAUCCAUACACACAUAUAUAUAUACACAAUUUUUCUUCUCUUGUC